AUGAGACGCGUCCAAAUAUUUUCGGGUUCCUCCCAUCCUCUCUUGACAGAUGCCAUUUGCGAACGCCUCGGAACCUCACCGGCCAAAGUUGAACUGAAGAAGUUCAGCAACGGGGAAACCUCAGUCAGCGUUGAGACCUCUAUCAGAGACCAGGAUGUCUUCAUUGUUCAGAGUGGAAGCGACCAGGUUAAUGACAGCCUCAUGGAAAUGCUGAUCAUGAUCUCCGCGUGCAAGGGCGGCUCGGCGAAGAGUAUUACUGCUGUGAUGCCAUACUUUUUCUACUCUCGACAAUCCAAGAAGAAGUCACACAGAGGUGCCAUCACCGCACGAUUGGUAGCCAACCUCCUCUCUGUCGCCGGUAUAAAUCAUGUCAUCACCGUCGACCUACAUGCUCCUCCCACUCAAGGCUUCUUUGGCAAGCCAGUAGACAAUCUCCAUGCGGAACCUCUGAUCGCAAGAUGGAUCAAGAAUCACGUACCAGGCUGGAAGGAAGCAGUGGUAGUCAGCAAGAAUCCAGGCGGUACAAAGCGGGUCACAUCCUUGGCAGAUGCAUUAAAAAUCAAUUUCGGUCUUGUCACAACCGACCGCCGGAGAUCUGGUACGAAUGGAAGCCUUGCAGGUAGUGGAUUUCUGGAGAGAAUGGGUGAUGGUGGUACUGAAUCGCACAUCUCGGACACAGCAGAUACAAGUCCACCGAAUGGAACAGCAGCUGAAUCCGAGGACUCAAGAAUACCGCCACGAAUACGCACAUCGCCACGAUUGGCACCAAACAUAAACGGCGCCUCCGCAACCAGUAUACCUUACCGCGGUCUGAAUGGCUACACUCGAUCAAGUCCUUUGGCCCAGUCUACUAGAGUCGACUCAGCAUCACCUCCUACAAAUCGGAUUCCUGUGCAGAGGGAGCCUGUUACCAAUGGUCCAUCAAGAGCACUGCGCCUGGAGGAGAAGGAGGAGGAGGAGGAAGACUCGGCAAAUGAGUACACAGAUGAGCGUGCCAGAGAAGUCAUCACUGGCAGGCUGGUUCAAGGCCACAUCGUUGACGACGAUGCUCCGUCGCCCGUUCUAUCUACCAUGUCCGCCUCAAUCGCGACUCUACCAGGAGACGUCAUGGGUCAACCGCAGCUCGAUGGACUCGAUCCAAUGACGUCAUCCUUCAUAUCUUCAACAUCAGCGUUUCAACCUGACCAUUCUGCCCUCGGCGGCUCGAUGGACGCUACAGCGCACUCGGAUGACGAGGAAGAAGGUUUCAAGAACCCCGAAUUCGAGCACACGGUCACUCUCGUUGGCAAUGUCAGAGAUCGCACCGUGUUCAUCAUCGAUGAUCUGAUUGAUCAAUGUGGCUCGUGGAUUGCGGCAGCCGAGACGGUCGUCAAGCGUGGAGAUGCAAAGAAAGUGUACUGCAUCGCCACCCAUGGGCUCUUCGGUGAUAAUUCACUUGAGCAGAUGGAAGCUUGCGAAUGCAUCGACUACAUUAUGGUAACCAAUACUUACCCAAUAGCGCCAGAAAGGGUCAAGACGUGCAAGAAGCUUGUGAUUCUGGACAUCUCGACUCUUCUUUCCGAAGCCAUACGGCGCAAUCACCACGGAGAGAGCAUCUCCGCUCUAUUUCAGCAUUUUCCGGAUUGA